UUUGGGCCUUUGGGCCUCCAAUACACCCAAACCAAAAGAAGCUGUAGCGUUUUCUCACAGCCUUUCCAUUUCACCAAUUUUUUCUGUGUCAACUCUCCCGCCGUGAGAAAGUGGCAGCCGCCUUGUUUCUCCUAGGAGGCCAACCCGAGCGGGAAUAAGUGUACGGCCGUGGGAAGUUUCUGUAAUUAGCAAUGAAUCAGGUUGAUGAUUCCCUUAGGAAGCAAGCUGCAGAAGUAUUGCAAUCUAUGAAUGACAGAUUCUCUACAUGGGACAAUGUUCCAUGCCAGAUUGAAGAGGGUCUCUUCUUGGGUUCUAUUGGAGCUGCAAACAACAAGGACGAACUCAAAAAGUUAAACGUGACGCACAUUCUGACAGUAGCUAACUCUUUGCCACCUACGUAUCCGAAUGAUUUUGUGUAUAAGGUUUUGAAUGUUACGGACACAGAAUGCACAAACCUACGACAGCACUUCGAUGAAUGUUACAACUAUAUUGAAGAAGCUAAAGGAUCUGGAGGCGGUGUGUUGGUUCAUUGCUUUGUGGGAAGAUCAAGAAGUGUGACUAUUGUUUUGUCUUAUCUAAUGAAAAAGCAUGGCAUCAGCCUUUCUCAUGCUCUUGAACAAGUGAGGAGCAAACGACCACAGGCAGCUCCAAAUGUUGGUUUCAUUUCACAGUUGCAGGACUUUGAAAAGUCUCUUCAGGGUUCACUAUAUAGUAGGUGCUUAAAUUACAUUAUGAAAAUGUAACCAAAAAACAAAAAUGGUUUGUACAUUCUAAAGUAGCUGGACUCUUUGGAGCCAAACUACCAUUUUGCCUUAUUUUGCCUUUUGAAUCUGAGCAGAUUGGCUGUUGCUAAUGAUCAAACAUCAAAUUCAGGGGCUAUUGUUGUCCAUUAUAAUCACUGAUGGAUUCUGUUUCUUUUU